UCAUCGUUUUUCGUGUGCAAUUGAAAUAUAGACUCUGAAGCCGCGAGAAAAAUGGGAACUGAUGACAAUAUUCAUCAGAGACCCCUGUACGGACGCAGGGCCAUGUAUUCGGAGCAGUCAUCGUUCCCAGAGGCAUUCGGUCAACGUUCAGCAUAUCAAACCGGAAGACCGACUAAUAUGCCGUCUGCAAACAAUGCGAACCGAAACGCGGCAAAAACGAGUUGGAGAGUAGUAAACUACUCUCUAUCUAAAAAUGACGACGUUAAACUUAAAACGUGUGAGAACGCAUGGGCACCACCAUGCAUAAAAAGAAAAAUUGCAAGUGAUUCAACAGAUGAUAACAGCACAGAGGAAAUCCAGAAAAAAUUUAUGUCGAUUCUGAACAAGAUAUCACCGGAAAACAUGACUCAGUUGGCAGAGAGCAUUACGACACUGCCAUUAGAUACUGACGAACAGCUAAAGACCGUCAUCGAUCUGUUGUUUCAAAAGGCGAUCGUUGAACCCAAUUUCACCCCUCAGUACGCGUACAUUUGUACUGCAUUGGAGGACAGAAAGGUGAAAUCGGAAAAAAAAGCGGCGAAAACGUCCUUUAAAAAGUUAUUAACAAAGUGUUGUAGGAACAGAUUCGAAAUAAUGUACGUCCACGAACAGAAUAUGGUAAAAACCCUCGAGGAGAUAAGCCGAUGCAAUGAUCAAGAAGUCAAAAACCAACUGCAGUCUGCUUACGACCAGGACGAAUUGGUCCACAGAAAAAAGUCUGUAGGAAAUUGCCGGUUCAUGUGCGAACUAUUCAAAGUGAAAAUACUUUCGAACGGCACACUGGAAGCGUGUAUUGAUCACCUCCUGAAAUCGCCGAAUGAAGAAUCAUUGGAAUGUGUCUGUAACAUAUUAAAGCACGCAGGGAGCACAUUAAACACUAAAGUUGUGUUCGGAAAAUUAAAAGAAUAUACAUCUUCAGAGUAUAAAACUAAGAUUUCUACCAGAAUAAGGUUUAUGAUAUUAAACAUCAUAGAAUUAAAAGAUAACAAUUGGGUACCGCGGAAUGCUCGUACCAAACCGGCAAUAUGCACCAACAAAGUGCUUACAAACGUAAAAAAACCUGAAUAUAAGCCAUCCACGUAUGUCCAAUACAAACCUGCAGAAUUUCCAAUGAGAUUCGCUUAUCAGCCAAAUUACGCGUUAAAAGUAAAACCGCUAACCGAAACUCAAAAGGACGAUGAACGUAAACAUAACGAUUUGAAAAAAGGCGCAAAUAUAAGCGGUUUUAAUAAUUCAUCAUCAGCAAUGAGGGUUAGUGAAGCAGUAAGGGACGAAAACACAUCAGUAUUGCCAUUUAUAAGAUAUGAGACCAGUAACGCAGAUAGUUACCAAAGAUUGAAAAACGAAAAUACUGGAGUACAAGCGGUCCGGGAAGAAUUUCGAACCAUUCUCGACAACAUUACAACAAAAAAUAUGAUUUCGUCAGCGAAAAGUAUUACUUUAUUGCCGAUUAAAACGAAUGAUUGCCUAAUAAGUGUUGUUGAAGAUUUGUUUCAUAAGGCUCUAGAAAAACCAGAAUUGAUACCGCAAUACGUUCACAUUUGUUCGGCUAUGAAAAACAAAGAGAUUCAGUCGGAAGACUCCAAGAAAACUAUUUCGUUUAGGAAACUUUUGAUAAACAAGUGCCAAGAGACGUUCGAGUCGAUGUACAACCGAAAACGUAUUUUGACUAAAGAACGGAUUGAAAUUGAAUCUUGCAAAAACAAAAAAACUAGGAAUGAACUGAAAUCGAAAUUCGAUAAAAAUGAAAUAGAUCAUAGAAAGCGUUCAGUGGCGAACUGCAGAUUCAUAUGUGAACUUCUAAAUUUGAACAUCUCGGUACCACCGAUACUAGAAAUGUGUUUGGCGAAACUAAUAGAGAGUAAAAAAGAAUUAUCUUUGGAAUGCGUAUGUAUCAUACUGCAACACGUUGGGAGUACGGUAAAUCAUAGUGGCGUGUUGGAGAAGCUGUGGGAAUACUCAAAUACGCACAAGACAACAUUUUCACUGGGCUUACGGUCAAUGAUCCUAGGCACGCUGAAGAUGAUGAAUCCCGACAUUCCACAACCUCCCGUAGAUGAGUCACCGUCGACGGACGAGACAAAAAUUAAUACCCAAACCGAAAAAGAAUCGGACAUCAGAAAUAAACCAUUGACAGAAGAUGAAACAUUACAAGUUUACAAUACCGUUGAAACGAUAAUUAACUCCAUAACUGCGAACAAUAAGAACACCAAAAUAAAUGAGUUGUCUGUACAUCUAAAGAAUGUGGAUGUGAUGGAAAGAACAGUCGACUUUCUGUUCGAACGGGCAACAAGGUAUCCCGAAACUAUUCCAGAAUUGGUAAGCGUGUGCUCUUCAUUGCGGGAUGUAUCAACAAGUGGUGCGGUAGAAGGGCGAAACAUUAAGCCUACUUCGUUGAAGAAACAGAUCGCGAUCCGGUGUAACAAGCUAUUGCUGUCCGGGGUUCAGAAAGGUCCAAGUGAAAACGAUUUUACGCCCGUACAAUCGUACACAUUCAUCGGCGAAUUAUUCAACGAAAACUUAUUAUCAGCCCAUAUUCUAGAAGAAUUUUUAAAAAUCGUACCGGAAAUACUGUCGAACAACACAUUGGAAAAUAUUUGUGGCCUGCUAAAAGUGGCCGGGAAAAAAAUAGAACAAGGGUACAGUUUGAAAAAAAUACUCAGGAGACUGAAGGAUAGGAUUUCAAAUGACGCAGAUGGAAUAUUUUCCCGACGUAGCGUUGUGCUUCUGAAAGCACUUGCAGAACUAUGAACAAAUAGGCGUCAGCACUGUUUAAAACAUCACGAUAAAAGUCAAUCAUUCCAAAUAAAGUGCAGUUAACUCCAGUCGAAGAUGAACAGACGAGUCCCAUGUAUAAAUUAGAACGGUUUACCUAGGAGAGGAACGAAUGACUUAUUGCGUGAGCCAUCGAAAUAACUUGAUACGAUUAAAAAACUGGACUCAGAAUGCAGAUCAAUCUUAUGGAAAGUUAUUGUAGGUUUCAAAACUUACCAUUCCAGUUUGGACGUUGAACGUUAUGCUAUUCCGCGUCAUUGUGGCCUACCGAAGAAAACGAUUAUUAUAACAGAUGUGAUAUGACCAGAUAGUUUACUAGUCGUUCAAACCUAGAUACACCGACUGCAGAAGGAAUCAAGACAUCGAAUACCACACCAGGAGCCAUCGGCAUAGCGGCGAAGACACUCGUUGAUACAAUGCGGCAACGGACGACCAUAGCGCUUUUAUCUACACCAUGGACGGAGUUUAUAGGCGUAGCUGCCAAGACACUCGUUGACACGAUGUGGCAAUUAAUGAUCAAGUUCAUAUUACUACAAUGGGACACGGUUUUCCGAUACUGAAGCUCACGUACAGUUAUCAGUGGUUUUACACGCGGUUUUUGUAUCGCUCCGGUUGAUCUACCAUCGCGACCGAUAAGAAAAGGUUCUUUCUAGAACCAUUGAUCUAAUCUCUCACCUUGGUGUGUCUCCUUGGGUAUUCACUGUGAAAUUAUUAUCAACCUGAACACGACGGAUUUAAAAAAAAAAAAAAAAGAACCAAGAAAAACAACCAAGUGGUAUAAUUAUGUAUUAUUCACGAUCACGGGACGUCGGAAAUCGAGGGACCGUAUCAAUAUUUUUAAAUAAUAAAAAAAAAAAAAACGAUUAUUUUGAUAUGCGCACAGACUACACAAUUUAAAUAAUGGAGACAAAAAUAAUACAACAUUGAUAUUUUAAGUAGGUCAAAUCCUAAAAGGACUGGUCCAAAGUCCAUCUCUCCAUACUCCCUUUUAUAUCAUUGGCACAACAUCAUGUUACCCGGCUUCUACCCAUAAUGCAGACUAGUGUGUUGGUCGUAGGUUCGCACCGACCGCUGGGAAACUUCAUGGAGCUUCUUGAGACAAGUUUUUACUACAAUCGAUUAUUUCACAUUUAACUUAAUUUUACGAUUCGAGUAUUCUGUGUGAGUAUCGGAAAGUGUCCAGCAUAAGUCCACUAUAGCCUGUGUUUCUUUCAUUUAAUUUAAACCUCACUCUACCCCUAUAGUAGUUAUGAGUCUCCGGCUCAUCGACACCCGAGUAUCUACUACGGAACAACUAUUGUAUUGUUUUAUUUAGUUUACAAAAUUGUCCAGUUGCUUUGAUCGGGUUUUGAAUCUUUAUAAUCUGGAAAACCCUCCUUUAAAAAAAAAAAAAGGAUGGUAAUCAAUCCAAACUCACCGUCCAACUAUUCAACUUCUAUUUUUCCCUUUUCGACUUGUCCGUCAUUUUUUUCUUUUUCUUUCAUUUUGGAGGUAACUAGUGCAUUUGUCAAGACACUUUAAAAUUAUAAGGAGUCUUCAAGAGGCCAGUUUUGUCAACAUGUGAAAAGAUAUAAUGAACAUCGGGAGUUUUUUGACGACCUAAAAAAAAAACCAAUACUUGUCGAAAAAACUACUAAAGUUUCAUGCGAAAUAAUAAUG